AUGGCCGUGCGUGGCAACUCGCUGAUGCCUUUCUCGAUCCAAGCCAUCCUGAACAAAAAGGACGACAGCCGACACUUGCCAGAUUUGGACAUGUGCUUCUCCAAGACGGCGUGCUGGAAAAUAUUUGGGGAGAUGAACGGCGGCUCCAGGAGGGACGACGGGGAAACUUGUGAGCCGACGGACCAGAAGAGUUACGACUCGGACUCGGGACUCAGCGACGACAACGACAGCAAGACUCCGGCCGCCUGCAAGUCGGAGAAGGACGGGGACGCAGCGUCGGACGUGCCGGAGGAAAGCAUGCAGGAGGAGACGGACCAGGAGUCUGCAGCGGCGGAAAACGCAAAGAGUGACAGUGAACCCAACAAUGCCACUGACUCCAGCACCCUGGACGAGAAGAGCCUGGACCAACCCAAGCAGCGGAAGAAGCGCUCCAGAGCCGCCUUCUCCCACGCCCAGGUCUUCGAGCUGGAGCGGCGCUUCAACCACCAGCGGUACCUGUCCGGGCCGGAGCGAGCGGACCUGGCGGCCUCCCUCAAGCUCACAGAGACCCAGGUCAAGAUCUGGUUCCAGAACCGUCGCUACAAGACCAAGCGCCGCCAGAUGGCCGCAGACCUGAUGGCGUCGACCCCGGCGGCCAAGAAGGUGGCGGUGAAGGUGCUGGUGCGGGACGACCAGAGACAGUACAGCCCGGGGGAGAUCCUGCGACCCCCGCUGCUGUCCCUGCAGCCCUCCUACUACUACCCCUACGCCUACUGCCUCCCUGCGUGGACACUCUCUGCGUGCUCAGGGAACCAGUGA